AAGAAAGAAUAACAAUCAGUUUCCUAAGUUGAAGUAUUGAGUCCAGGGCCUAGAUUCUAGCUAGCCAGAGUAAAGUAGUAAUUUUUGUUUAUAUACGAGAAAACGGCUUGGCUUUUUAAAUAUAUAAAAAAUAUGCCUUUCUUUUCAGCAAGACUCUAAAUACAAUAUGUCCAGAGUUUUAAAAAAUCUAUUGUAAGAAUAGGAAGAGGCUAGCUAAACCACUAUGCAAAGGACAAGUGAAAUAAAUUGUGAAGAGAAUGACUCCAUCUACGAGGUACCGCCACCUUCAAACAGAAACAGCAUCCCUGUUUUGCCUAUUAAAAGUCCAUUACCUGAACCCGCAUCUCCCCCACCACAGCUGAUGCCAAAAAAGGGGAGCUCAUUCAGAUUUUCAUCAGCUCUUCUUGAUCCAAAACCAGUCUCAGAUAGUCCUAGGCCAGCUCCGAGACAAAAGAAAUCAGACCAGAGGACGUCGUCUAUGUUUGUUGAGAGCAAUGGCUCACACACAGACCACCAGCAGCAGAAAAACACAGACUCAAACCAUAUAACUCUCAUCAGCUCACCACCUCCAAGUCCACUUGCACGGCCAGUCCCUAAACCGAGAACCAGAUCAGCACCAAGCACAAGAACCUCCCCCCUUCUUAAAACCACCAAACCUAACAGUUUUCCUCAGAUAGGUACUGUCAAAGAGGAUACCAAUUCAGAGAGCCACUGCAAUCCACCACCGGAAUCUGAAGCUCGGUGGAAUCUGCCCCCUGACCCAGACAGCCUGGAGAUGAUGCUGAAUGAGGAAAUGGACAAAAAAUAUGGCUUCCAGUUGGACAGAAACUCUGAUCCAAACUCUAAAUGUGAAGAAACGACUGAUCAACCAGGACAAACUGGACUUUAUGUAAAUAAAGAUGUAAUCAAUGCUUUGAAAAAGCCAGAAAACCCUGACACCUUAUGGAACAAUAGCCCUGCAUCACUGUCUCAAAAAACAAUGUCACCUAAUUCUAGUAUUCACCAAGAGACUGUCUCGUUUAAACAGUUUUCUAACAAAAACACCACCGGAGUAGGUUUAGGCUCACUUCCCUCUUCAGCUUCACAUAACACCAGCGGCAAGCCUAGUAUAAACAUAGGCUUGCAACUAGGGGAAAGCUCUACAGAUGAUCCAUCCCAUUCACUCUCCAGCUCCCAAAAGUACAUGCAAUUUGAUUUCUCUGAUUUGGAUCCUUUGUGUCAAAAAAACUGGAGCUCCGAGCCCACAGACAAUCAGGAUGACUCCCCAGACCUGAGCCCGGAUCAUUAUGAAAGACCUGACGAGGUCCUAGCAACAACGCCUGGUCGGUACAGCUUAAGGUCCCCUCAUUUCGACCCUCCAAUAGCCCCUCCACCUCCCUUCCCCCGAGAACAAAAUCGCCUUCCAGAAAUCAAAGCGCCUCCGUUACCACCUCGUCCUACAGAAAAUGUUCCAGAUAUACAUUUAGAUCAGAGUUCUUGUUUCGCCCAAGACAUAUUUGAUGGGGUUGUAACAGCAGAAUUCACUCCCGGGGAAGACAUGAAUGAUCCGUUUGAGGGCACGAAUUUCGAUGAUGUUUGUCAUAAGUUCAAUAGUUCAGCUAAAGUUAUCGAGGAACCAGAACUUCCUCAACGAGUGCCUUUAAUACCAGAUGCUAACCCAUCACCAGUGACUGACCCCGAGCGAAUAAGUCGGUUUGUGAUUCCCCCGCCUGGGUCAGUAGUCAGAGAACCUGAUGACCAGUUCAGCAGAGAGUAUAAAUUAGCAGGAGAGGUGAGCAGUGACAGUGAAGAUCAGGAUGUUGUGGUACCUAUGGGACGUGCAUGGCAAGAUUCACACGUUGGGCAGCAAGUAGCAGAGCCUAUGUCACCCAGGAAAAACUCAAGAGAUGGUUAUCUCAACAAACAAGGGGGACAUAAUGCCAACCGCGGUUGGAGGAGGAGAUGGGUUGUGUUCAAUGGAAAAAACUUAAGUUACUACACUGACAAUACAUCACAAGUAUCAAUUCGCAUAAUACCAGUGAAAUGUAUGGUUAAGGUGGAGCAAGAUAUUAAAGACAGUGAUUUCAGGUUCAAGCUUCACACAACACUCAAGAACAGAGUUUUCUUGUUUUGCUCUGAUACACUAGCUGAUUGCCUGAAUUGGGCCUUGACUUUAGAGGCAGCCAUCUUUGAGUAUCAGAAACAAAAAGUUGAAGAGGCCUCACUUGAAAAGCCUGAUAAAGAGGGCUUUUUUAAGAUAGACAGCUUCUCAAGAAAAUAUUAUGUCACAAUCAUUGGUCCAAUUCUACAGUACUAUCAUAGUUUUGAGGAAUAUCAACUGGGAUCUCCGAUUCAUCAAAUUGAUAUGAAGCUCGCAUCAGUUAAAGUGAAAGAACGUAAAAAGUUCAAACUACAAUUAUCGACUCAUUACCAUUAUUUUGAACUGACCUUUGAGACUGACACUGAAAUGCAGCAGUGGCGCAUGGCAAUGGAAGACUCCAUUGCUGAGGGUCUGUCAGAUGACACUGUCCUAGAGAAAGUCUACAACAACCUCAGUAACCGAAAUUGUGCAGAUUGUGGUGCACCAGAUCCCCACUGGGCUUCCAUCAAUCUUGGUAUUGUGGUGUGUAAAAACUGUGCUGGGGUCCACAGGACGUUUGACUACAGGAUAUCAAAAAUAAGAUCUUUAAGGAUGGACACCCGCGUGUGGACUCCAAGUCUUAUAGAGCUGAUGGUAACUAUUGGCAAUGCCAAUGCUAAUGCCUUCUGGGAGUUCCAGCUGCCAGAUGGUGUUAAAGCGGACCCAGCAGAUACCAUGGACAAAAGGAAAGAGUACAUUACAAAGAAAUAUAUUGGGAAGAAGUUUAGUAACCUUCAUGCGUUGUGCAGCAUGGGGUCAGCAGCACUUGGCAAGGAACUUGUGAGCACAGCCAGCAGUGACAAUGUUCUGGAGACGAUGAAGAUCUUAUUUUCUGGAGCAGAUGUCCUGUUUAGAGUAGGCACUGGUCAGACAGCAUAUGAUGUUGCUAAAGAGAAUGGCCAGCGUCUGAUUAUGGAACUAUUGUACCAGAAUAGUGGUGAUCCUCAGUCGCAAGUAGAGAACACCAGAGAUGAGAAUCGACUACGUGAAGAUAUUAGAAUGCAAGGAUAUCUGAACAAGCCUGGUCCUAAUGGCAGAACUUUUGAGAAGAGAUGGUGUUUACUGGAGCAUGGCUGUCUGACGUACUACCUAAAUGAGAAAAGUACAACAUUCAAAGGUUCAAUAGAUAGAAAAGACAUGUACAUGAUCCAGGCUAUAGAGUCUGACAGGAUUGGAUAUCAUUUUGAGCUGGGUACUUGUAUGAAAGAAAACAGAACUUUUAUAUUUUCAUCUGACUGUAAAGAAGAUGCUGGUGAUUGGAUUCGUACUAUUGCUAAGCUGAUGGCCCCAGUAGCUGUGAUGGAAAAUGUAGGAAUGAUUGACAUCAAGUUUGCAGGAAUAGCUUAUCUCAGAGAGUCAUUGAGUGAAGAAUGGCGACAAACGUUCCUUAUAUACAGCUGGCGUGGACUUUACUACAUGAACAAGGACUUAAAACUUGACUACCUGGAUCUACGCAAAGCCAGUGGGAUCAAAAUGCUUAGCUCUAAUGAAGGAUUCCAAAAACAAGGCCCAUUCUUUAUCAUCAGUUCUACAGGAAGGUCUGUUUACGUACAAGCCUUGCUGCCCAGAGAUACUGAUAAAAUGUUUACAGCCCUAGUCAUGGCAUACACACGAAGUGGACCAUAUUUGAAUGAUCAAGCUUUGACCACUGACAAUGUCCCUGUCAUUGUUGACAGAUGCAUCACACACAUAAGCAAGUUUGGUCUUAAAGAAAAAGGUAUCUACAGACAAGCUGGUCAGCAGAGCAGAGUGCAAGCUCUGCUGGAUGAGUUUAAAAAAGAUGCCUAUGCUGUCAGCUUAAAUGACUACACUGUGGAUGAAGUGGCAAAUGCUGUGAAAAAGUUUCUGAGAGAACUGGAUGACUCUGUUUUUGAGAGAAGACAUUAUGGUGCUUGGAUAGAAAUAGCAGGAUACCAAGAUGAAAGUAUUAGAAUAACCAAGUGCCAGCAGUUGCUGGAUAAGAUGCCAGAAGUUAACAGACAGACUUUGAAAAGAAUCAUCCAGCAUUUGAAACAAGUUGCUCAAAAUCAGGAAGAAAAUUCUAUGGACCUUAAAAAUUUGGCAACAUGUUUUGCACCAUCUCUUCUGAGAACUCAUUUGGAUCAGCUUCAAAUGUCUGAUUCAUCCAGCCGCGAAAUCAAAAUAGUUUUAGACAUCAUGCAGCAUUCUGAUGAUCUUUUCCAGGUAGGCGAAAAUGAGAAAGGAGUAGAAGAUAAAAUGUCAGAAGUGCUUGACAAAAUUAGAAUGGCAAACCUUAAAUCUGCUGAGGCAACAUCAGCAAUCAUAACAGAUGUUUAUUUGAUGGACUACAAUUCCUCAGCUUGUGAAAAUUUCACCAUAACAGAUGACAAAACUGUAGCAGUUGCCAUCAAGGAAGCAGUGGAUAAAUUUCGUAGAAUAGACAGGAAUUUGGAUGUCAAGAAUUGUUUUCUUUAUGAAGUUUUAUUUAACUCUCACUUAGAGAGGCCCCUUUUCACUGAUGAGCUUAUAAAAAAAACUAUUGAAAGGUGGUCUAAUUGGUGCACUUGGAAUGAUAAAGAUAUCAAGAUGCAUCUGUGUGUUCACAAGAUUGAGAGAUUCCAACAUUUAAAGGAUUCAACAUCACCUGCUUUUCUUGCUAAUGCCAAGAUACAGUAUAAAGGUAUAAAAGGAAAGUUCAAUAAAAGGGCAGUUGGGUUGAAGCAGAUGAAAUUGGUUAUCUACCAGAAGCCUGAGAGUACAGCUGAAUGCUACUCUUGGAAUUUGGAAGACAUAACUGUUUACAUAGGAACUAUGUUGCCCAAAAAGAGUUUGCCUUCAAAUUGUACACAUUUCCUGACUUUUGUUGUAAACGGAGAAGAUCUUUCAAAUACAAGUAGCAGAGCAUUUGGUCACUGUUUAGGAUUUGACAAUGAAACUGAAAUGCUCAGGUGGGCAGCCUCCAUCUACAAAACACAGCACCCAAAUAGUUUCUAAUUGGGUCCCACACAUUAACAUCAAGCAGUAUUUUCUACCCAACACUCUUGGCUUGCAAAAGAAAAGUGAAUUUCAAGCUUACACUUUUUAAAAUGUAGCAUUCAAAAGUAGUUCUGAAAAUCUGUGAUGCUAGUCCACAAAAUUGGUUGUUAAUUUCAUGCAUAAUUAAUAAGCAAUCAGCUUAUAUGUAAUUAAUUUAUCAGUUGUUGUAAAUAUUAUUGAAAGUUGAUGUUCACAAUGUACAUAGCAAAUAUAUUUUUAAUAUAUUAUUCAAUAGUCUAUUUAUAGAAGAAAAUGUGAAUUAUUUCUCUCAUUUCAUUGCAAUAAUUACACUUACAAAAACUUACGAAGUUUUUUAACUUGAUAUAUACUUUUUCAGAGGAAAUUUAAAAAUCAACAUUUUAAAAAUUUCAUAUGCUGUAACUUACUUAAUGCACUUUGGAGUACAUGAGUGAAAAUGACAUUCCUGUCUUCCUAUUUUCAAAAAUCCUUCUGUAUUUUUUCCCCUUCUAUUACAUUCCAACAUUUUACAAGUUUUUCUAUACCAUUUUUUUACUCUAUUCCGUCGAUCACCACUAGUGUCCUUAACUGUGUUUGAAGUGAAAACACUGCUGAACUGUACAUUCAUUUGUUCUUAUUUUAUAAGUAUGUUUUUUUUUCACAAAUCAUUAAAACAAUCGAUUUCCAUAACUUAAUUGACACCAUUAAAAUAUAAGUAAAUUUAUUUGCAAAAGGAGUAUCUUUCAUGUUUUAUUUGCUAAAUUUUAUUUAUUCCUAAGUGCUAAGUUAAAGUACUUAUAAUAGAAAUUUAUUGAUCUAAAAAAUUCUCAUUAAAAUUAUAAAAUUAUAAUAUCCUCUAUGAAUUUGUACAGGGGCUUUAUUAAUGUAAAGGGAUAAUCAAAGCAAUAAAUUAUGUUACAUUUUUUAAUGAAAUUUUUUUAUUAAAGCAUAAUUUGUUUAUUAACUUCAAAUCAGCUUUCCAUAAUAAGACUUGACAUAAUUAUGUUGAAAAAUCUGGCACUCAACUAAAUGAUUUAGAAAAAUGAUUUUUCUCUCACUGUAGAAGUCUGGCAGCUUUUUAAGAUAAUUUUUUUUUCUAUGUUUCACGAGUUCAUGUCAUACAAGUACCAUUGCUCCUGUCAGUGAUUUGUUUUGUUUUUAAUGCCUCCCUAACAGUAACACACCAUGUCUAAUCAAUGUAUUAUAAUGUGUGUGACUUGGGUAAAAUGCAGCGGUUUUAAUUCAAACUAGCUGUAUAAAAAUGGAUGUAAAAUAUUUGUACAUAUAGUAUUAUGUUUAGAUACAUUGAUACAUUUUUUUAAACAUAAAUAACAUGAAUAACGAACAAAUUGUAUUCUUCUUCACACUGGUUCUACAGUUUUUAUUUCACUUUUUUAAUUCCUGCGACAAUAUACCACUAGAUGUUGUAAUUUUAAAAAAAAUAACAAAGAACAAGUUUUUUAUUUAAACCCUAAUAUUUUAUUCUGUUAAUAAAUCAUGUUUGUGUUCAUGUAUAAUGAAAUAGCAUUAUAUAGAUUAUGAUUUCUAUAACCAAUAAUCAAUUGUUGGAGGUUAUGUUUGCUUAUGUAUUACUAGAUGCUAGAAAAUUAGUCUUUUAUACAGUAGAUCAUAAUUUUGAGGAUCAAAGAUGACAUAUUAGUCACCUUGAUUUUCAUUUUUUUUAUGAAUAAGUUUUACUGUGUUUUUACUGAAGUAAAUAUGCUGAUUUGCAAUAUGUAGAGUGACAUUUCGUGCUCAAUGAACAAACAUUUUAAUGUGGUUGCCAGUCUGCUUGGGGUAAAAGAGGGUUUCAGUUUUCAUUUUUACUCAGAAACAAUAUUAUGUACAGAAUAAUUAUAAUACAUGGAGAUAUUUUUAAAUAAUGGUAACUUGCAUGAAUUGUGGAGGGAAAUCAGCCUUAAGGAGACUUGAAUGGGUGGGGGGGGGGGGGAGGUAAUAUGUAAUUGGUUAGUUUCUUACUUAUUUAACUAAUAUGAUCACUUGGGAAUAGCUUACAAAUACACAUGUUCAAAGCUGUCAUAAAUUUAAAUAUUUACAAUUUCAUCUAGAUCAUCUUCAUUUUAGUCUUGUGCUAAAACUUGAAGACAAUUAAACUUGUAUGUUGGCAACAAA